AUACCAGGGCUGGAAGUUGCUGUAACAAAGGCCAUGACAUCGGCAUUAUGUUUCGUUGGAAUUUGUACCAAAUACAUCAAAAAAAGGCGACUCGUCAAAGCUUUCCAAAGUCUCGCUGGCGAGGACACAGAACUCAAAGAAGCUCACGAACGUUUCCAAAAAAUGGUCAAACUAGUUCAAGGAGUUAUCAACAACGCAACACUCCUUGGCGUUCAUCAAAUCAAGGAUAACAUGAAGAACGACCGAGCGAUUACAAAGCGUAUGGACACUAACAUUAGCUCGGUUAUGGCCGAUACUCGAAAAACCCAGACUAUCGCGCAACGUAUGGACGGUAGUAUCAAUACCGUUAUGGCUGGUACAAGACGUAUCGAGCAAUAUCUCGAGAAUGAAGAAUCUGCGGCUGAGCGCCACAACAUAUUGCAGUUCUUGGGGGAGUUUAAUUUCCAUGACAAGCAGCGUGAUGUGCAUGCGAAAUAUCAGGAAGGUACAGGACAAUGGCUGUUGCAGGGGGUCACCUUUCAGCGAUGGCUGAAUGGGGAGGACACCUUUACUCUCUGGUGUCCUGGAAUCCCUGGGGCAGGAAAGACUGUCAUGACGGCUGCUGCUGUUGCCUACACAGAAGCCAAGGUGGAGAAACUCAACGCCGCAAUCGUAUGCCUAUAUUGUGACUACAAAACUUCAGCAAUGAAUUCCGACGAAGUAUUACUAUCUAGCAUCGUUCGCCAGCUUGCUGAACAGUGCAGGCUCAUACCUGAGGAGGUCAAGACCUUCUGGGAAUCUUUCACCACCAGAAGGACUCACCCCAAAAACAAUGAUCGCCUGUCACUCAUCAAAACCAUGUCAGAACGAUUCAAUAGGAUUUAUAUCUUCAUCGACGCCUUGGACGAAUGCCAAGAAAAGACGAGAAGCAGAUUCCUUCGUAUGGCUAGCGAAUUGGAGCCAUUUGCUCGUCUGUUCAUCACUUCUCGCCCAUAUAUUGACCUCAAUGACAGCUUUGAUAAAUUGUGUCGACUCGAAAUUGCUGCUAAUGGAUCAGACAUCGAAGUAUGUUUAGAAAACAUGAUUGAAGCCGAGCAUAAAAUGCGAUCUCACGUCAAGCGAGAUAAACAACUCAGACAGGAUGUAAUAAGGACGGUGGUUGAGAGAGCGAACGGCAUGUUCUUGCUGGCAGUUCUUCAGAUGGGCCACCUGUGCAAACAACUCACCCCCAAGAAGGUCCGGCAGUCUAUGAACACCCUUUCAACAAGUUUGGACGAGUGCUAUCGUACCACGAUUGAGCGAAUCGCGAAUCGAAAAAAUGAGGAUGGGCCAGCCCUGGCAAGAAAAGCCCUUUCUUACAUAUUUUGCGCGAAAAGAACACUUGAGGUGGAAGAGCUACUCCAUGCAUUGAGUGUUGAGCCUGGAGAUACCGAGUUAGACCCGAUGGGUUGCACCGAUACGGAGAUUCUGCUUAGCGUCUCCGAGGGCCUGAUUUUGGUUGAUGAACGCACAGGCAGCACAGGACUAGUUCAUUGCACCUUGCAGGAGUACUUAGAAAAACACCCUGAGCAGCUCCUUCCAUACCCGGAACGUGAUCUUGCCACAACCUGCCUCACAUACCUAUCUUCGAACGACUUUGCCAACGGACCUUGCGUCGGAGCAGAUGGUUUGGAGGCGAGAUUGAACGAAUUCCGCUUCCUUGACUACGCUUCCCGCCAUUGGGGCUCUCACGUGUUGGCAGCCCAAUUAGACGAGGAACUAGACACCGUACUCGAUUUUCUCAAGGAUAAGGGGAAGCUGUCUUGUUCCGUGCAGGUACUGUACAUACCUCAAAUUCGGACGAGUGUGUGGUACGACUGCUUUCCCAGACAACAUGAGCCACUGCAUGCCGCAGCGUAUUGGGGUUUGGACAAAGUUCUAAACCUCCUCUGGGAAGAGGACAAAGAAAUGGAUAUCAACCAGCAGAACAGCCACGGAGCGACGGCGCUACACCUCGCUGCGCAGAAUGGCAAUGUCUCAAGUGUAGCUCUCCUGCUUGAGAAAGGGGCAAACGUCGAUACUCACAACAGAAGAAGAGAGACAGCUCUGAUCCUGGCGGGCAAGUAUGGCCACGAGGCUGUAGUGCGGCUACUCCUGAAAAACAAAGCCGACGACUUGGCAGAAGAUGACGAAAACUGGACAGCGUUGCACUGGGCUAUUAUUGGAAGACAUAACGACGUGGCCAAGUUGUUGCUUGAUUGCAACGACCUGACCGACCGAGAAGACGUCACACAGGCCUAUCGGGAGGAGGCCAGACAAAGGUCCCGCAAGAAGGCGCUGCACUUGGCAUCAGAGGCCGGCAGCAAUGAUGCCAUCCAAAUGCUGUUGGACGAAGGAGUGGAUAUGGAAUGGCAGGACGAAGAAGGGAGCCCAGCAUUGCACUGGACAGUGCCCGAAGGACACGAAUCAACCGUACGUCUGUUUAUUCAACGAGGGGUCAACGUCAAUUCAAAGGAUAAAUAUGACAACACUCCGCUGCACUGGUCAAUUUCCUACAGCGCAAUUACAAGAAUGCUUGUGGAGAAUGGGGCCAACAUCAACGCCCAGAAUAACGAGGGUCGUACCCCACUUCAUUGGAGCGCCCUGGAAGGCCAAGCAGAGGCUUUAGAGGUACUCAUUCAGCUUAGGGCUAGGGUUGAUCUCAAGGACAUAUACGGCAUGACUGCGCUCCAUGCAGCGGCAUUGACUGGGCACUCAGAUAUGGCACAGGUUUUAUUGAAGAACGGGGCCAAUCCAAACGAAGAGGAUGAAGAUGGCUGGACACCACUAGUUUCCGCAGCUGUAAAACAACAUUAUGGCCUUGUGAGCAUGCUUAUACCCAAGAUCGAGAACGGGCAGCAAAUUUUCGAACGAGUAGUCGCGCAACUUGAUCAUGUCAAUCAACGGGACAUAUUGGAGGAACUGGCAGAGAAGAAAUCUGUCGGCAGCUCUGUUGUCAAAGGUCUAAGAAUGGCUGUCAACUUUGGGUACCCUGAGCGGGUUAACUCGCUUUUGGAAGCUGGAGCUGAUAUCGAUGCUGAAGACGCCAUAGGGGGUUCAACGGCCCUAGGAUUAGCAGCGUGGCUUUGUCUGGAGGAACUGUUCAGGCUACUUCUGGACAAAGGGGCAGAUGUGAACAAACGCCAGAGGAAUGGACGUACGCCACUUCACACCGCAGCAGAAGAUGGCUACGAAGGCAUCGUUAAGAUGAUAAUUGAACAUGGUGCCGACCUUGACCUGAGGAUUCAUGGGUGGACCGCAAUGCUCCUCGCGGCAAAGAAUUGGUUCCCAUCGAUUGUCACAAGGCUAGUCAACAGCGGUGCGGAUGUCAACGCAGCAGAUUACCACGGCCGAAGAGCAUUGCACUGGGCUGGGAAGACUGGAGGGGCCAACGGAGAGGGUCUAGCACGACUGCUCUUAGCAAAGGGAGCGGAACUGGAUGCGACGGAUCACUGGGGAUGGUCGCCUUUAUUUUGGGCCGUGCAGAACGCUAAUCUUGAGCUGGUGGUACUCCUUCUUGAUUUCGGUGCUGACAUUGGCUUGGUAACAAAAACAGGAUUUACAGUGCUCCAUCUGGCCGCCUAUGUUGGGGAUGUGCCGAUCUUGCAGCAGCUGCUGAACAGAGGAGUCAGCGUAAACGCAAGGACACCAGAUGGACCUACAGCACUCGAUAUUGCGUCAUUCUUCAAUAAGCAAACAAUCAUUCGGCUUUUGAAGGAUAUCGGUGCUGUCGAAGAGGAAGAAAUGGAGUGGGAGGAAGAUGACGAUGGUAGUGAUGCUGGGAGGGCGGUGCAAUGGGACAGCAAAUCUGAGGAGAUCAAGGAGGAAGACGACGAUGAUGAUGAAAUUGACAGUGAUGAACCUAAUGUUCAUGAUGAUUUCAAGCAUGAAUCUAUCAGCGUCAGCGGGUCUGAUGAUGAUAGUGAUGGAUAUGACGGUUUCGGCAGAGAUGGCGCAGCGAAGUUUUCAGCCAAGAGACUGCGUCAAAUGUUUCGACACAAGGAACAUUAGGGUUAUUUUUUGGCUUUCACUUUUCUUAGACAAAUCAAAUCUACGAUCGACAGUAAACACAAGAGAAAAUAUACAAGCCUAC